GGUUUUUCAUUUUCCUUUGCCGCUUGCGUCUGUCUUCUUUUUUUUUUUUUUUCCAAUCGUUUUUAAUUGUUUGCGGAAAGAAAAAAAAAAAAGUUAGUCAGGAAAAAAAAUUGAAGCAUUCACUUUCUCACGGUUGUUUUUCUUCCCUUGAAUCCGUAGAAAAAUCUAGAAAACAAAUAUGAUAUGAAGAUUUGGUUUCACAGCUCUAGCAUUAGGAUUCUAUUGAUUUUGACUUUCUAUCGACUGUCGGGCAUUAAUUGAUAUUGAUUUUCCCAGUCACUGCCCUAUCUCUCAUCGUUGUCGUAGCUAAGAUUAGUUUUAUUUAUUUAUUUUCCCCUAUCGGAUCUCUUCUCAGAAAACCAAAAUCAAGGAUCGAUCUGGUUUUAAGUCUCGUUUAUGAACUUACACAAAGCCGCCAUUUUUCUUUUGAUUAAGCUGGAGAGAAGUUUAGUAUAACUUUGCGGAUUUAGAGAGCUGGGUGAAGAAAAUGGAUAGAGCUAAUAGACGGAGAACGAGGAGUAGUGGUUCCGGUUUGGAGCCGAUGAAUGGAGAGGUCACUCCGGCUUCUGUCAAAGUAUCUGAACAAAGCAAUGGAAAAGGAAAGGGGAUCUCCAAUGGGGUUUCUGGCGAUAAACACAAGCCAACACCUGAAACUGGGAAGAAGAGAUCUAACAACAGAUCCUCAGGAUCGCAUCGCGAGCUUGUCAUUGGUCUUCCUUCCCGUGGACAAUUUGAACUCCGCCGGUCCAAGAUGUCAGCCGCGAGUUCGGAGAAGGUAGGAGGAGGAGGUGGUGAAAGGAAAAGUCACAAGAGAGCUCAGAAAUCUAAAGAAGCUGCUGCUGCAUCGUCUACGGCUGGUGCUAAUGCCACACCUGUAGGUAAACCAAAGAAAAGGAAGAAGAAGGAUAUGAAGAAAGGCAAAGCUGUAGAAGAUGACGAGUACACGAGAAUCAAAAAGAAGCUUCGAUAUUUACUAAACCGGAUUAACUACGAGCAAAGCCUUAUUGAUGCUUACUCUUUAGAAGGCUGGAAAGGUUCAAGCGCGGAGAAGCUAAGGCCAGAGAAAGAGCUUGAGCGAGCCACCAAGGAGAUUCUGCGACGGAAGGUGAAAAUUAGAGAUCUUUUUCAGCACCUGGACACACUCUGUGCCGAAGGAAGCCUUCCAGAGUCUUUAUUUGAUUCCGAUGGAAAGAUUUCUAGUGAGGAUAUCUUCUGUGCAAAAUGUGGUUCAGAGGACUUGUCUCCUGAUAAUGAUAUUAUACUAUGCGACGGGUUCUGCGACCGAGGCUUUCACCAAUACUGUGUUGAACCACCGCUGCGAAAAGAAGAUAUUCCUCCUGAUGAUGAGAGUUGGUUAUGCCCCGGAUGUGAUUGCAAAGAUUACAGCUUUGACUUGCUUAAUGAUUCUUUAGGCACUAAACUUUCGGUCAGCGACAGUUGGGAGAAAGUAUUUCCUGAGGCAGCAGCAGCAAUGGCUGGUGGAGAUCAAACUCUGAACUGUGAUCUUCCUUCAGAUGAUUCUGAGGAUGAGGAGUAUGAUCCGAAUGGUUUGAGUGACAAUGAAAAUGAUGAAGAUGGCAGUGACGACAGUGAUGAGUCUGAGAACGAAGAUGGAAGUUCUGAUGAAUCUGAUUUCAUAUCCGCAUCUGACGAAAUGAUUGGAUCAUUGAAAGACGUGAAAGAUAUAAUGGCCCUGCCAUCUGAUGAUUCUGAGGAUGAUGACUAUGAUCCUGAUGCCCCGGCUCCUGAUGAAGAUAAGACACAAGAAAGUUCAAAUUCAGAUUGUUCAUCAGACUCGGAGGAUCUUGAAACUUCCUUUAACGGCGAUGAGUCUAAUCAGCAAGAUGAAGUUGCGCCACGUGUGAAAUCUGGCAGAAAGAAAUCUCAGCUCCCAGAUGUUUCCAUUCCAGAAUCAGAUGCUGGACUCGAUCAAGGUCUUGCAGAUGUUCCCGGAAGAAGGAAGGUUGAAAGGCUAGACUACAAAAAGUUGUAUGAUGAGGAAUAUGAGAAUGUUCCGACAUCGUCGAGUGAUGAUGAAGAUUGGGAUAAAACCGCAGGAAAAGAAGAUUUCGAGUCAGCAGAUGAAGGUGGUGACACUGCCCUUCUGAAACAGUCUUCAAAAGCAGAUGAUCAUACAGCUACUAAGAAACCUAAACAGAAACCGAAAAGAGAAAAUAAAAAGGAUACUUUGAAAGCGCCGCAAGUUGCACCCGGUGAAAAUGGUUGUUCUGGCGAAAAGGGCAGCUCUUCAGCAUCUAAACAGACAAAUCCCAGAACUCAGAGAUUGUUUAAAUCUUUUCAAGAGAAUCAGUAUCCAGACAGUGCCACGAGGGAGAGCUUAGCCAAAGAGCUACAAAUGACAGCUAAGCAAGUUGAUAAUUGGUUUAGGAAUAGGCGUUUCUCAACAAGCAAAACGAUGGUUUCAAAGAAAGAUGACGAAAAGUUAAGAACGAGUAACGAAGGUGAAGGUGAAGCAUCUGCUGCUGGGAGUAGCAAACAAACCAUGGAUACCGAGUUAGUCCCAGAGAAAAAGAGUAGAGCAUCGGAGUCGAACAAUACUGGAACACGAAAAAGAAGGAGAAGGUAGAGAUUUAGAUUUAAUCAGGUUUUUGAUCUAAGUAACGACAUAAAUGGAUAUACUUGAACACACACUCGAAAACCAAGAAAUGAAAGACAUCAAGCGAGUUUGAAUAAUACUUACUCAUUUUUGGGGUGUGCUUGUGGAUCUGAAGACCUUGAAGUUGGAGCACUGGAAGAAUCAGUGAUGCUAUAGUGAAAAGAUUUUGCAAAAAAGAAAGAAAUAUUUCUCCAAUAUUUAACUGUUUAGUUGAGACAAUGUGCUAUGAUUAUGAAAGUUUUUGUUUAUUCCAUUUCCCCCUUCUUGGUUGUGGUUUGUGUGAUCGAUAAAGAUCGGUUUUAAAAUCAAUAGAUAUGGUCUAGUUUAAACCUGAUUGAAA